AUGAUGCAUUGUGAUACUCCCCUUCACCCAUCAUACUCAAGACAGCUGUUUAGGCAGUGGCAUUCUGCAGACUAUAAGAUCAGUGCUGAAAAUCUUGUCUAUCCCGUAUUUUUGAGUCAGGAACCUGAUUGCGAUCAACUAAUUACCAGUCUAAUUGAUCAACAUCGAAUAGGAUGUAAUCGGAUCAUCGAGUUCCUAUCACCUUUGGUGGCAAAACAUUUGAAAUCUGUAUUGCUUUUCGGAACCAUCAGUAAAGAACAGAAGGAUGCUACAGGAUCAGGCUGUGACAAGUCAAAUUCACCAGUUCUUCGUUCAAUAGAACUAAUCAAGUCAAAAUUUCCAAACCUAGUUGUGAUAUGUGAUGUUUGUCUUUGUGCAUACACUGAUCAUGGUCAUUGUGGUAUAUUACGUAGCGAUGGGUCUGUUGAUGUACCUAAGACUGUGGAACGCCUGGCUGAGAUAUCUACACGGUUCGCUUUAGCAGGCGCUGAUGUGAUCGCUCCUUCCGACAUGAUGGAUGGACGUGUAAAAGCAAUUAAAAUGGCACUUCAAAACGUUGGUCUAACUGAAAAAGUAGCGGUUAUGUCUUAUUCCGCCAAAUUCGCAUCAUGUCUCUACGGUCCUUUCAGAGAUGCUGCUCAAUCUGCUCCUUCUUUUGGCGAUCGUCGCCACUACCAACUUCCCCCUGGUGCAAAAGGAUUGGCUAUUCGCGCUGCUAUCCGAGACGCGAAUGAAGGAGCUGAGUUUAUAAUGGUAAAGCCUGGUCUUCCUUAUCUUGAUAUUCUAAGCGAACUUCAUCAGUUACUACCCCACCACCCUCUGGCGGUGUAUCAUGUUUCCGGUGAGUAUGCAAUGUUAAGACACGCAGCGGAUGCUGGAGCUAUUGAUUUGAAACAGGCUGCUCUUGAAAUAAUGACUGCAUUCCGUCGCGCAGGUGCCUCAAUUAUCAUAACAUAUUUAACGCCAUACUUAUUAGAUCUUGACUUAUCUGAAGCCUGUAAAUAA